AUGUCUGCUCCGUCAGCCCCGGUGAUACCACCUCGCCCGUCCAGGUCUCCUCGGACGUUGAAUGCUGCCAGCACUCCUUCAAUACCCCCUCGUCCCACGAAUCGCCGUCUGGACCGCUCUGUGUCCCCUGGCAGAGACAGCUAUGCGCCAUCGCCUCUGAAUGGUCCUCCACCAAGCGCCGGCCUCUCUCGCACCACCUCCAAUGAUCUCCCGUCUCGUCCCCCCAGCGUGGCUAUCCCAUCGCUCGGCGAGGAAGGCAUUGAGUACGAGGAGCUGAGUGCGCAGAAUCUUGAACCUGCCGAGACCAGAAACGUGGGCAGCGACUUGAAACUGCACGCCCCGAAGCCCUCCUUGCCAGUUUUCAGCGCCAAGGCAAAAGUACAGGCCGUUACUCGCACUGACUCAAGCCAGGCUGCUGCUGCUGGCUUCGGCAAGUCUUCUGCCUCACCAGCCGUGGAAGAAGACCCCGAUCAGCGCAGCCGAUCUCUGCACUCGAAACCUCACGACCAUGCUCGCGCAGAGUCAUCCACCCCAUCUAGCUCUCGUCGUCAAUCCAUGCAGUUUGAAGAGGAGCAGGGUAUUCCCGAGAUCGGUCAGCGUGUGCCGAUGCUUGCCAAUGCCGGUGACGUGCAGGCUCCAUCUCCAGCGCCUCCGCGAAGCGGUUCCGCCUCCGGUCAGCGCAUUGCCCGUCAUCACCAGCGCACCCGCAGUGGUCGUGAGGUGUUUCUUCCACCCGGCAGCUAUGGUCUCCACGGCCAUGGUGUUCACGCCACCGACAGGUUCGAGAAGGCUUGGUACGACAAACAUCCCGAUGAACUGGCCCGUGAAGAGCAGGGCCAAUACGGUCCGGCAAUCACCGAGCGAUCAACCUGGGCUUUGAGCAGUGACGACCUCAACCGUCUUGUUCGCAGCUCUAGUGCCAAUGGUAGUAGCCUAGGGGCUUCUCCAGCAUUUACUGGCACUCCUGAUGAGGAGGUCGGCUAUAUUGCCACCGACGAAUUCACUCGCCAGGACGCGCAAUCUGCAGUGGAAUCUCCUCUCCGCCAAUCUACUUUGCCUACCCCCGGACUACAGCGAACCCGAAGCACACUGUCUACUGCGAGUAGCGAUGCUGGAAACCGAGUCAUUCAUAUCGACGAUCCCUACCAUUCCGCCCACGCUCCAGACGUGUCAUCCGGUCACGAUCAAGAAGAAGGAGCCGAUGGUGAUGAUCCCAUUCUUGCCGCCGACGAGUCGCGUCCAGGGUCGGCUUAUCUCCAUCCUGCCGUAUCCCCCAGACGAUCAAGCACAGAUUACCACGAGCUAGACCGAGCUCGCAGUCAUACCCCUAGUGCGCCAAAUAGCCGACCUAGCAGCUUGCAUGGUGCGCCUCUCGGACUCUCUCGCUGGAGUUCCAGAGGGGAAGAAAUUGAAGAUGUGCAUACGCCUUUGGAGGAUGUGGAGGAGUACGAACCUUUGUUCCCCGAAGAUGAGACAUCCAACAAGCCAGUUUCAAAGCGCGCAGAACUCCUGAGACAUCGGUUCCCAAGCAAAGACAUUUGGGAAGAUACACCGGAUAGUCUACAGCUGCAUACCAGCGUAUCUACUCCAGACCUGCCAGAGCAAACAUCUACGAGUGAAUUCGAAACACCAGAAGCGGAAGAGAAACGGAAACAACAGACAGAGCAAAUUGACUCUCACCAAGUGGCUUCCCACAUUCUGCAUUUACAUGGACAGCCAGGCCCACAACGCGCGACACGACCAGACACAAUAAAGCAUCGUUUCCCAAGUCGGGAUGUCUGGGAGGAUGCACCUGAGAGUCAUCAGCUUAUGACGACUAUCGAACCAGCAGAUUCCGAGUCAAAGAAGAGCCCUGUUGCGGAUAAAGCCCCCACGAUUCCGUCUCGUCCCAGUAUUCCUCCUAGGCCCCAGAGAAUUGCGAAACCCUCUGAUGGUCCUUCAGAGGAGAAAAGAGCACCUAUUAUUUCCGACCGCCCCAAGCCUCAGAUUCCCUCUCGCCCAUCCAAAGCUGCCGAUGCGCCACCAGUCAGCAAGAACAAACCUGCUAUUCCUGCACGGCCUGCUGGAGGCAAGUUUGCCGGCGUUAAAGCGAACUUCUUGUCCGAUCUGAAUUCACGACUUCAACUCGGGCCUCAGGGCCCCAAACCAACUGUUGAGAAGAAGGAAGCGGAGCAAGUUCCAGAGAAGGCACCCCUUGCUGACGCUCGCAAGGGCCGUGCUCGUGGUCCAGCUAGGAGAAAGCCGGCUGCUGGUUCUGCGGUCGAGACAAAGCUGCCAUCCAUUCCAGAAAUUCGCAUCAUGGAUGCAUGGAAUGUGUGGGAACUUGGUGCUGAUGGUAGCUUGACUGUGGGUCGACCUGAAGAGAAGGAACUUGAUGAAAAGACAAAACCUCAGGUCACAGAUGUCGUUCUAGAGGCUAGCGACGAUACUGCCAUGGCGCCUCCGAUUGCAAAGAACAUAGCUGGUGAGCCCGCGGAUCCUGUGCCGUCAGAAGAGAAGGAGAUUCCUGCCGCAGCAGAGGAGGAACCUGAAGAACCGAUAGACCAUCACGAAGCUUCUGAGACGAGCGGGGAGACAAUAUCCCUGGAAUCUAUUGCAAAAAAAGCUCCAGAAACAGCAACAGAUGUGCCAGUAAAAGCGUCAGAGCCUGAGCUUGCACCAUCCAGUUCCGAUGCAAUCGCAGAGCAGUCAUCCCCAACUGUAGAUGGCAAGAACCCACCUGAUGGUUCGGUAGAAGCUGAUACUACCGCCUAG